AUGAAGUUCGCUCUUGCCUCCGCUGCCCUUGUCGCCUCUGCCGUUUCCGUCUCUGUCGAGUCCGAGUCCGUCUCUCUUGACAUUGCCUAUGUCACCCACAAUGUCACCACCGAGGUCACCAUCACCUCUUGUUCCGACAACAAGUGCGACAGCACCGUGGCCCCAGUCCCUCUCACUUCGUCUGUUGUGACCACCACUGUCAGCGGCGUCGAAACCAUCUACACCACUGUGUGCCCUGAAUCCACCGAGUCUGCUCCAGCUCCAGCUCCAUCUGCCCCAGCUCCAGCUCCAUCUGCGCCAGCUUCCGCCCCAGCCCCAGCUCCUUCUGCCUCUGCUCCAGGUUCUGCUGCUCCAGCGCCAGCUCCUUCCGCUUCUGCUCCAGCUGCUGCUCCUUCUGCUUCUGCUCCAGCUCCAGCUCCUUCUGCUCCAGUUUCUGCCGAGGCCGAGAACUCGCCUAUCCCAAGCGGAUCGGAUGUUUACGUUGACGUGACCAGCACCCCAGUCGAGACUGCCUCCACUGGCGUUGAGCUCACUGUCACUGCUCAGUCUUCUUUCACUUCGGUCUACAACAGUGCCUCUCCUUCUGCUGGUGUCAGCACUUACGCUGGAGGUGCUAACAGAAACGCAAUCGCCGGUGCUGCUGGUUUGGUCGGCGCUGUUGCUUUGUUGUUGUAA